AUAGACCCUCUCCUCCCCGCUUUCCCCGCUGUCCUGCGCUGGCGGUCAGCCCUCGGUCUUCCCACAGUCUCUCCGCCGCAGAUACCAGAUCUUCAUCACCGCGGAUACCACCCUCUCUCGGCGAUUCUCGCCGCGGAUAUCACUGUCAUCUCACUGCGGAUACCACGCUGGCCUCGCUGUUCUCGCCUCGUCCUCCUAUGCAGUCCUACAACAUCAACCCAGUCUUGUAGCGAAUACCACACUGUUGUGGAAGUAGUGGAUCAGUUGUCUGUGUGGGUGGGGGCUGUUGGUUAGGAGGAAGUGGGGGACGUGGAGAAGCAGCUAUCGAUGACAGGAGGAAGCGAUAGGGGGAGCAAGAGGAAGACACAGUGAUAAAGGAACUGUCAGAGAGAGGAGGCAGUGAUGGAGAAGCUGUCAGCGAGAUGAGGAAGUGGAGAAGGAGCUGUCAGCGGGUAGAGGAAGUGGGGGAAGUAGAGAAGGAGCUGUUGGCGAGAUGUGGAAGUGAAGGAGGAGGUGUCGGCGGGAGAAAAGGAAUAUGGUUAUUAGUAGGCAUCAACAUUGGUGGGUAUGGCGGGGGGGGCGGG